AUGAGGUCUCCCGUCCCCGCCAUGCUCACCGCCCCAUCAGCAGCGGCGGCCGUCGCCAAGCCGCUCCCCGUGGCUCGCUCCAACACGACGGCGGCGCUCCACGCGACGGCCAGCAGCAGGCGGGACGUCAUGACGGGCGUGGGAGCCGCGCUGCUGCUGGCCCUGUCGCCGCAGCGCGCGCGUGCGGCGUCGGACGACGAGUACCUGACGGAGACGACGGAGGUGAUCGGGAAGGUGCGGUCGACGAUCAGCAUGGACAAGACGGACCCCAAGGUGGCGGACGCGGUGACGGAGCUCCGGGAGAUGUCCAACUCGUGGGUGGCCAAGUACCGGCGCGAGAAGGCUCUGCUGGGGCGGCAGUCGUUCCGGGACAUGUACUCGGCGCUCAACGCCGUGUCCGGCCACUACAUCAGCUUCGGCCCCACCGCGCCCAUCCCCAACAAGCGCCGCAUCCGCAUCCUCGAGGAGAUGGACGCCGUCGAGAAGUCGCUCAAGCGCGGCCGCUGA